GCUGAGACAAAAAUAAAAUUUCUUGAAACUCGAGAUAACCUUCGCUUGCAAAAGCGGGGCCUAGCCAAAAUGGUCAUUCCAAAAGAAAUCCUAAGCGACUACAAGGAGCUGUACGAAAAGGCCAACCGUCUGGUUGAGGAAGAGAGCCGCAGUGAUCCACCAACGGACCCAUUUCGCUCCCACUACAAAGCUCGUGAAGUCCUGAGUGAUUUGAAGAAGCAGCUGGAUGACCAACUGGUCUCCGUCCAGGCCAGCGAGGAGGAUGGUGGCCAGGAUGACCAGUGUUACCGCUCCUUGUUGGCUUUCGUCUGCCGUGAUCUGGGCAGGAUCUACAUCUACACGGAGGAGCCCUCGGAAGGCGAGAAACUACUUAAUCGAUGCCUGGAACUAGUUACACCAUUCAAAGAUCGCCCAGAAGGUAUUAUUCCCUUUAUAGGGGCCAUCAACGAAUUGAGUAUUGUAAUGGCCUCCAAGGAGGAAUACAAGAAGGGCUUGGACAUUCUUAUUCAGGCGGGAACCAGCUAUGAUGAGUUUAAAGCCAGUGGUUCAGAGCCCCUGGCUAUCCAGGAUAUAUUUAAUCCCCCGGAAAAUGAACAGGAAUCUCCAUCGGCUGGACCCAAGGAGCUGGAAUCUCUGUAUACCCUUGUCUCCUUUUACAUGGCUCAAAUGUACGGUCAUUUAGGGGAGCCGGAAAAGUCGGCCAGGUGCUGCCAUCGAACUUUACACCGACAACUGGAGUCUAAGACAUAUGACGCCAUCGAUUUUGCACUGAACACUGCCACCCUGUCUCAAUUUUACAUAGGAGAAGAGCGAUUCCAGGAAGCGCGACAUCACUUGGCCGCUGCUACGCUCAUCAUGGCGGAGUACGAGGUGCACAUGCUGGAACCAGAGAUGAGCGAAAAGCAGCGUCAGGAUGUGGCGGAGACUUUCAAACAUCGAUAUGCUGAUGUGGCUCGUUGUUGGGCUAAGUACGGAUUGUAUUUGAUGUACACUUCUAAGUUGCGGUUAAUGAGAGACGAUGAGGAUGUGGAGGCCCAAAAUCUUGAAAGGGUUAUACGCAAGCUCCGCGUGGCCGAGGCGGAACAGUCCCGGUUUCCUGGACUCGAUCUCACCGCCUGCGAAAAUCGUAUAAGCUGCGAGUAUUGUCUAACCUUUGACGAUGCCAAAUUGGUGUUUCAUUUUGUUAACGAGUGGCUAGACAUAGCCAAGGACUAUUACAAGGCCGAAAAUGAAGCUACCGAAUACUCUAAAAUCGUUCAGGACUACGCUGAGGCGUACGAGCACAUUGCCUUUUUUGAAGAAAACCCGGAAAACCAGGCCAAGAUGCAAAAGCGUCGCGCCAAAUAUCUGGAGGAUUUGCUUGAUCUGCUUGAUCCUAUAUUCUACAUGAAAAUCUGUCGGGAGUGCUGGUAUGGAGCCGGGACUGCCCAUGCCGCAGUGCUCGAUGUCCGUCUGGAUAUAAUUCGGGCUACAAGCACUCCUGCACCAGAGGAAAUUAAGAAGGUCAAUCAAAGCUGCAUGAAAGCCAUCAAACACUUCGAGAACUAUGUGAAAUCUUAUCUGGCCAAACCCCAGAGCGAGGAGUGGCGACCUAAUAUGGACGUCCAGGAGCAGCGCCACAUGCUCUACGCCCACUUCCACAUCGGUCGCAUUUACUAUAAGUUGAUUAGCGCCCAUCCCCUCCAACAGUUAGAGCACCUAGCCAAUUGUCAUACCUACUAUAAAAGAUUUGAUGCCGGCUGUCAGCUGCAUAAGGAGGCGUCAGAAACGCUUCAGGGAGAGAUGGGGGUUGUACGCGAAAUGCUUACUCUGCUGCCCCUUAAGAUAAACACUGUCAAGGCGAGAUUAGGCUAGACCAGAUAUACUGGAUCCUGACAUAUAAAUUCCAAAAAAUGAGUUGCAUUUGCGAAAGUUUUAUAAAUAGUCAAAAUAAAACGCUUACGUUAGAAGAAUUA